AUGCCGAAAGCGAGCAAACCCAAGCUCCACCAGCAGCUGACACCGCAGGUGCAGGCAGACAAGAUCAACCUGGUGUUCAAGUUCAACACCGAUCUCGGCCAGCACAUUCUCAAAAACCCGCUCGUGGCCCAGGGGAUCGUCGAUAAGGCCCAGAUCAAGCCGCUGGAUGUGGUGCUUGAAGUGGGGCCGGGGACGGGUAACUUGACGGUGCGGAUUUUAGAACAGGCCCGCAAGGUGGUGGCGGUGGAAAUGGACCCGCGGAUGGCGGCGGAGUUGACGAAGCGGGUCCACGGCACCCUGGGGGAGAAGAAGUUAGAGAUUCUCUUGGGCGACUUUAUGAAGACGGAGCUCCCCUACUUCGACGUGUGCAUCUCCAACACCCCGUACCAGAUUCUGUCGCCGUUAGUGUUCAAAUUGCUCAACCAGCCGCGGCCGCCCCGGGUGCUGAUCCUCAUGUUCCAGCGAGAGUUUGCCUUGCGGCUCUUGGCGCGCCCGGGGGACCUGUUGUACUGCCGGUUGCUGGCCAACGUCCAGAUGUGGGCCAACGUCACCCACAUCAUGAAGGUGGGCAAGAACAACUUCCGCCCGCCGCCGAAGGUGGAGUCGCUGGUGGUGCGGAUCGAAGUGAAGAACCCGCGCCCCAACGUCGACUUCAACGAGUGGGACGGGUUGUUGCGGGUGUGCUUUGUCCGGAAAAACAAGACGGUGGCCGCCGGGUUCAAGCUGCUGAACGUGUUAGAGAUUUUGACGAAAAACUACCAGACGUUGCGGGCGUUGCUGGGGGAGAUGGUCACCGACGACGCCGAGGCCGAGGUCAAGCGGUUGGUGGAGCAGGUGCUCACCGAGACCGGGUUUGGCGAGCAGCGGGCGGCGAAGAUGGAUCAGACCGACUUCCUCAAGUUGCUCUACGCGUUUCACCAGGUGGGGAUCCACUUUGCCUAG